UCCAUUAGCUAGCGAGAGAGGGCUAGGUAGAAUCUUAUCUUCUGCUGCUGGCUGCUUAUGAGCUGUGUGGUUGCAAAAAGGCAAGCCUCCUCCUCCCUUCUCUUCUCACUCUCCUCCUCCUCCUCCUCCGGCUCAUUUGCUGGAAGAAGGCAGCAGCAGCAGCAGGGCUGAGCUGAGAAGUUUUUGGCAUGGACUUGAGAAGGCAGAGGGACUUAAGCUCACCAGCUCCAGCACCCCAGCAGCCAGACUGCUCAUCCAUAGCCUGGACAGGUUUCCAAGCUGUUCUGCUUUCUGCUAGGGAGAAACCAAGCACAGGCGUGUUUCUGGGACUUGGUUUGGAAUCACAGCGUUUUAGCCAAAGUUGAUGGGACUGUCUGAGGUUGUGGUUUUUUCCUCCCAACUCCUUGUGGUGAGAAGAUCCCAAGAAGUGUCAGUGGAAAAGUGGGGGUGUCUUUGAAUCCACCCCUUUUGGUGGGGUUAAGGAGGUUCUCCUUCCAAAGUACCAAAGAGGUCUCUGUUUGCAUGUAAACAAGAUCACCAAGACAUCCCUGCUGAUCAAAGCUCUUUCUGCAGGAACUGGAGAUGGAGAAUGAGGUUGGGAAAUCUGUGGAUAAGCAAAUGGAUAAAUACAUAGUGACCAUAAUGGGGAAAUCAGAAAGCCAAAUGGAUAUUGUGGAGAAAACGACCAGAUCUGGGCAGAGGUCCUGGAGCUUGGUUGCUCUCAGCUUGUCUGUUCUGCUAGUCCUCAUGAGCUGUGCUGUGGUUUCCUUAGUAAUCCUCUACUCGAAAAGCAGAGAUUUACAGAAUGGUGACAGUCCACAGAACGUAUGUACCACCCGUGGGUGUGUAACAGCAGCUGCCAGAAUAAUUCAGAACAUGGACCCCACAGCAGAACCUUGCCAGAAUUUUUACCAGUAUGCCUGUGGAGGCUGGCUCAGUCGUCAUGUCAUCCCAGAGACCAGUUCCAGAUACAACAUCUUUGACACACUGAGGGAUGAACUGGAGAUUAUUCUCAAAGGUGUGCUAGAGACACCAGAGCACGAAGAUCGGGAAGCCUUUCAGAAGGCGAAAAUGCUUUAUAGAUCCUGUAUGAAUGAAAGCAUCAUAGAGCAACACGACUCAUUGCCUCUGCUCGAGGUCUUGCACACGGUUGGAGGCUGGCCAGUGGCUUCUGCAGACUGGAAUAUUACAAAUGAGCCAAACUGGAAAAUAGAAGACAAGCUUGCCUUAUUGAAUUUUCAAUAUAACGCACGGGUCCUCAUUGACAUGUUUGUGUGGCAUGACGACCGGGAUUCCAGCAGAAAUAUAAUUUAUAUUGACCAGCCUGGGUUGGGAAUGCCCUCAAGAGAUUACUACUUUAGUGAUGGCAACUACCAAAGAGUGAGGGAAGCUUACUUCCAGUACAUGGUCCUCAUUGCCAAGAUGAUUAGAGAAGAUAUGAAUAUGUCCAAAGAUGACAACUUUGUCCAGGAAGAAAUGAGAAAGGUUAUGGAAUUUGAAACAGAUGUAGCAAAUGCUACAGUGCCCACAGAGGAAAGGCAUGAUGUGACUUUGCUAUACAACAAAAUGACUGUUGCUGAACUCCAGGAAAAGUUUGAACUAAAUGGGUUCAAUUGGACACUCUUCAUCCAAAAUGUAAUGUCUUCGGUUAACAUUGAGAUCAGUCCCAAUGAGGAGGUGGUCGUGCACGGAAUGCCAUAUCUUCGGGAGCUAAAAGCUGUCAUUGCCAGUUAUUCAGCCAGCACAAUCCAGAACUAUUUGGUGUGGCGCCUGGUACUUGACAGAGUUAGCGGUUUGAGCCGGCGUUUCAAGGAGGCCAGGGCAAACUACCGAAAGGCACUUUAUGGCAUGAUGCUAGAAGAAGCUCGAUGGCGGGAAUGCGUGAGCUACGUCAACACCAACAUGGAGAAUGCAGUAGGAGCUCUGUAUGUUAGAGAGACUUUUGCUGGCAAGAGCAAAAGUAUGGUCCGAGACCUCAUUGAGAAAAUUCGUGAAGUGUUUAUCGAGACACUGGAUGAAUUGCAGUGGAUGGAUGAAGCAUCGAAAGGGAAAGCUCGGGAGAAGGUGACUGCAAUUAGAGAGCAGAUAGGUUACCCGGACUACAUUCUCGAAGGUCAGAAUGAAAAGCUAGAUCGGGAAUACACAAAUCUGAACUUCAGUGAGCAUGAGUACUUUCAGAACAUCCUGCAAAACCUCCAACAUGGAGCUCAGAAAAGCCUGAGGAAGCUCCGUGAGAAGGUUGACCAAGACCUAUGGUUAAUUGGUGCUGCUGUGGUCAAUGCCUUCUACUCCCCUAACCGGAACCAAAUUGUAUUCCCAGCCGGGAUCCUGCAGCCUCCCUUUUUCAGCAAGCACCAGCCGCAAGCCCUGAACUUUGGAGGUAUUGGGAUGGUAAUCGGACAUGAAAUCACUCAUGGGUUUGAUGACAACGGCAGGAAUUUCGACAAAGAGGGCAACAUGUUUGACUGGUGGAGCAACUUCUCUGCCACCCACUUCAAGGAGCAGUCGCGCUGCAUGAUCUACCAGUAUGGCAACUACACCUGGGAGCUGGCAGGGGGACAAAAUGUCAGUGGAAUCAACACACUGGGAGAAAACAUUGCCGAUAAUGGAGGCGUCCGUCAGGCCUACAAGGCCUAUUUGAAAUGGGUGGCAAAAGAAGGACAGGAACCAAGAUUGCCUGGGCUUGAUCUAACCCACAACCAGCUCUUCUUCCUCAACUUUGCACAGGUAUGGUGCGGUUCCUACAGGCCAGAAUACGCCAGCCAGUCUAUUAAGACUGAUGUCCACAGUCCACUGAAAUACAGGGUGAUGGGCUCCUUGCAAAACUUUGAAGCCUUUUCUGAAGUGUUUCACUGCAAAAAGGGCACAGCCAUGCACCCCGCUGAGAAAUGCAGGAUCUGGUAGCCAAAGGACUUGGCCUCUACAGUCAGACCUCCAUUGUCCGAAUUUGUUCGGGUUUCGCCAAUGACGUGCCUGGUGGUCUAUUUUGUCUCUUCCCCUUGCCUGCUCCAGUUCAAUCACAGCCACGAUUUACGGUGCAACUAUCGCAGCAAUGGUGGGUCAAGCUACAGUUGUGAGUGCGGUGACUCAAAGUGGACUAAGCACUAGUGUUUUGACAUGCCACCUGUGUUGCUUCAGGAAAGAAAGAAGAAAAAAGACUCUCUCAAGACGUUGACUGUUAUUAAGAUACAUCAGGGUUCAAAAGAUUAGCUACUUCAGAACAAAAGACAGUUCUAUUUUUCAGCAAGGAGUAUUACUUUUAAUAUGUCUUAUGCCUUUUGGAAGUUUGGCAGAGUAUCAUUGAGGCUCCCUCACCCCAUGCUGCUACUGUGUUCAUCUUUGUCUGAGGAUGGGAUCGAUCCACCAACCCCUCCUAGCUGCACAAUCUCAUUUAAUUCCCAAUUAAUGCUGCUUUUUGCACACAGCCUUGCUCUCAAUCAGACAAGUAUGCAUAUAAGUCAUAGAAUUAUGGGGAUGUAUCCCUGAGACCAUCAAGUCCAACCUCCUUACUCAACACAGAAUCUGCUGUGCAGAAUGCGAUUCCAGCAUCCCUGACAGAUUCCCUGCUUUAGUACCUCCAGUAAAAAAUAAUCGUAGCAUUGUAGGGGGUUGGACCGGAUGACCCUCAGGGCUCACUCCAACUGUACGAUCCUGUGAUUUUCUGCAGCAGUCACUUCCACUGUUGAUAGCCUGUUAAACCUGAGACCAUCUGCCUAUAAAGCAGAUGAUCUACUACUGCGCUGCAGCUCAUUAACUUCAUGGUGCGAGUCAGCCAUGUCCUCUUCCAGGUACUCCAUUCCAUCCCCCUUAUCAAUUUCUUUUCCUUUCUUCCUAUUUUCCUCUAUGAUCCCCAAACCUGUUCAGCCCUCAUUGGGCUGGGAGUUUUUUUGCAGCAUGUGUGAGGGAGGGUUGCAUCCAUUAGGUUCCCCUACACACACACACACACACACACA